AUGAGACYUCACAGAGAAGGGCUGGACUGGGAGAACUGCCGCUGCGGGAGAGCCGCACUCCRGCCGCCGCGGCCGCUCCGGCCGUGYCGCGGAUACGCCGCCGCUCCAGACGGAUCGGGUGUUUCUAUAGGUAAAAUUAUUGGUGCAGGUCUCCUGUUUGUGGGUGGAGGAGUAGGUGGCACCAUCUUAUACGCCAACUAUGACGCCCGGUUCCGGGAGAACGUGGAGAGGACUGUUCCCUACUCCGAGAAGCUCUUUGAGAUGGCGCUCGGCCCCGCGCCCCACAGCGUGACGACCCCAAAGAGAUCGGUACAGCAAGGCCCCCUGAAGAUCUCCUCUGUAGCAGAAGUAAUGAAAGAAUCUAAACAGCCAACGAGCAAAUCCCCAAAGAGCAAAGCAGAGGCUGCUCCUUCGCCAGAAGAAAAGGAAGCAGGCACCACUGCAGCUCAGGUCAUCUCUGCCACAGGUGAAGCUGUGUCAGUGCCAGCUCCUGGGAUGCAGACUGAAGAAGAUAAACAACAGGAAGAUUCCCAUGCCAUAAAGGAACGGUCACCAGAGGAGGUUGCAGCCCGGCUUGCCCAGCAAGACAAAGAGGAACAAGAGAAGAUAUCAGCGCUGGCGGCGGCGCUGGAGGGAGCCCUGAGCGGCAGCGCGCGGGUGACGCUGCAGGCCGUGGCGGCGCAGGAGCGCGCCGUGCAGGCGGUCAACGCGCACGCGCACACCCUCCGGGAGGCCAUGGACAACUCCGAGACCGCUGGGGAGAAGAAAUCCACUCAGUGGCGCACACUGGAGGAAGCACUGAAGGACCGGAGAAGAGCCGUGGAUGAAGCUGCUGAUGCCCUCCUCAAAGCCAAAGAAGAGUUAGAGAAGACAAAAUGUGUCAUUGAGAAUGCCAAGAAGUCUCAGCUCGCGGGAGCAAAACCCCACAUAGCUGCUGCAGAGGAGAAUCUUCAUCACAUGAUAGUYGACUUGGACAACGUAGUGAAAAAGGUUCAGGCAGCGCAGUCUGAGGCCAAGAUAGUAGCUCAAUAUCACGAGCUUGUGGCUACAGCCAGAGAAGAAUUUCAGCGAGAACUUGAUAGCAUCACUCCAGAUGUGCAGCCUGGCUGGAAGGGCCUGAACAUAACCGACCUAGCCGGGCAGCUGUCGCCGGACGACCUGAACUCGCUCGUGGCGCACGCGCACCGGCGCAUCGAGCAGCUCAACCGGGCGCUGGCCGAGCAGCGCGUGCGCGAGCAGCAGCGCAUCGAGGCCGCCCUCGAGCAGCAGAAGCUGGAGGACAAGAAGGCGCUGGAGGCGGCCGUGGCCAAGGCGCUGGAGCGUCACAAGGACGAGAUCGAGCUCGAGCAGGAGAAAAAGAUCGAGGAGGUGCGGGAGGUGAUGGAGAGCGAGAUGAGGACGCAGCUGCGGCGCCAGGCGGCUGCGCACACCGACCACCUCAGGGACGUCCUGAAGAUCCAGGAGCAGGAGCUGAAGGUGGAAUUUGAGCAGAAYUUAGCAGAAAAGCUGAGCGAGCAGGAAAUGCAGUUCCGCCGCCUCACGCAGGAGCAGCUGGACAACUUCACGCUGGACAUAAACAGCGCCUACGCGCGGCUGAAGGGGAUCGAGCAGGCGGUGGAGAGUCACGCGGUGGCGGAGGAGGAGGCGCGGCAGGCGCACCAGCUGUGGCUCGCCGUGGAGGCCCUCAAGCACUGCCUGCGGACGGCGUCCGGGGACGGCCCCACGGAGCCGCUGGCGGGCGCCGCGGCGGCCGUGCGCGCCAGCUGCUCGGGCGACGCCUUCGCGGCGGCGCUGGCGGCGGCGCUGCCGGCGCAGUCGCUGGCGCGCGGCGUGUACAGCGAGGCGGCGCUGCGGAGCCGCUUCCGCGCCGUGCACCGCCUCGCCCGCCGCGUCGCCAUGGUCGACGAGACCCGCAACAGCCUCUACCAGUACUUCCUCUCCUACCUGCAGUCGCUGCUCCUGUUCCACCCGCAGCAGCUGAAGCCGCCCGCCGAGCUCAGCCCCGACGACCUGGACACCUUUAAGUUACUGUCUUACGCGUCCUACUGCGUCGAGCACGGAGACCUGGAGCUGGCGGCCAAGUUCGUCAACCAGCUAAGAGGAGAGUCGAGGCGAGUGGCGCACGACUGGCUGGCCGAGGCGCGAACCACGCUGGAAACGAAACAAAUUGUGGAUAUCCUGACGGCCUACGCCAGCGCCGUGGGGCUGGGCACCACCCAGGUGCAGUAGGGCAGCAGCGGAGCGGGGGGCACUUGGAGGGCUGUGCUGGCCAGAAAGCCACCAGGCUCCACGGGUUGCAGAGCAAGCGGGCGCAGGGGCUGGGAGCACUACAGCCCAGCGCGGGCCCGUCCCGUCUCCUCGCACUGUGUUUCACUUGACCACCCCCUGCCCCGUUCGUCUUGGUUCUGAGGUAGCACGAGGGCCUCCCUCGGGAAGCUCCUCUCCCAUCUGUGUAACGGUUCUGUUGCUCCGUCUUGCCACCAGGGCUCGUGAUCCAACCCGAAUAAUGUUUGUAACCCGUCAGUACUGAUUGGCCGCUCUGUCAGCUGAAUAAAACCAUAUUUCAACCA